UGAAAAUACACAAGGAACAUAAAAACAGUUCAACAUGAAGGCAAUUAUUUCAAUAGUCUGGUCUCUCUACUUGUUCCAUUCAACAACUGGGUAUUACACACUCGGCCCAGAAGUGAUUGUAAAUAGAGGUUUCGAAUCUGAGUUUAAUGGUGACUGGUAUGCCUCAAACUGUCAGAUUGCAAGAGUCAACGCCGAGCCAUACGAAGGCCAAUGGAGUGCAAGUGUGACGAACAGGGGCGCCAACUGGGCAGGUAUCUCCCAGAAUGUGCAGGUGACACGGGGCAGGUACUACUACUUAAGGGCAGUGAUUAGAUACACCAACGACAGACAGGGGGCUCUAUGGGACCAAGCAGAUGCAAUGGUGGCUGUUGUACGGGGAGAUGGGUCGACGUAUUACGCUGCCUUCGGUUCCCUUGUACAGCUGAGGCAAGAACUCGGUUGGGAGCAGAUUGGGGGUGACAUACGUAUACCAGAUACAGAUAUCACAUCAGCGAGGGUUUAUUUCCAAUCAUCUAACGCCAGCAGAAACUACGAGCUUGAUAGUGUCUCCAUGCGUGAAAUCAUUGAAGAUCCACAACAUGACACAAACAUUGAUGCAGAUAUCAACAUCAAUAGAAAAGGAACUGUAGGAUUAAGCGUUCGAGUAACUGCGCCGAUCGAGCCAUCCGAUCUGAGGAUUGAAGUAACACAGAAAAGCCGACCAUUUGCCUUCGGAAGUGCCAUCGUAGCAGACAGAAUCAGCAGUACGGACGGCUCCAACCAAGCCUACCAGAACUUCUACUACAACAACUUUGAAUGGGCUACGAUGGAGAAUGCUAUGAAGUGGCGACAGAUGGAAUGGACGAAGGGUAACAUCAAUUAUGCAAGGCCAGAGGCUGCCUUAGAUAUUCUUAAUCAACGUGGAAUUCCUGUAAGGGGUCAUUGCGUCUCAUGGGGUGUGCUUCAGUAUGUUCCAUCGUGGCUACAGACGAUGACAGGCCCUGAAGUCAGAACUGAAGUCACCACAAGAAUAAAUGGCGUUGUCGAUAGAUUUAGAGGAAGAUUGGUUCACUGGGACACCAAUAACGAAGAUCUUCACGGCUUCUUCUUCCAAGAAAAGACGGGUAACUCUAACAUACUGACAGAAAUAUUUCAAGAGACACGUGAUGUUGACGGUAACGCUAAGCUGUUUGUCAAUGAAUAUGCCGUUGUCAGGGAAUCUAAGCACACGGUGGCCCUAGCCAAUCAAGCCCGGCGUUUGAGGGCGCAGGGAAUAGACGCACAUGUUGGGGCUCAGGGGCACUUUAACACUGGAUAUUUACCUCCGCCAGGUGUACUACAGAGACGCCUGGAUACUUUAGCUGAGGCUGGAGGGGAGGUCUGGAUUACAGAGCUUGAUGUAGACCAACCGGACGUCAACGAGCGUGCAACUCAGUAUGAAAAUGCAUUGAAAAUAUUCUAUGGCCACCCUGCUGUGCGUGGCGUUAUUGUGUGGGGAUUCUGGGACCAGGCUCAUUGGAAACCAAAUGCUUCUCUGGCUGAUGGACCAAAUUGUGAGCCAAAUGCAGCCGGUUUAGCUUGGAAUAGACUUGUCAAGCAGGAUUGGAUCACCAAUGAAACAUUCGCUGUGGUUGACACUGACGACAUCAUAACAUUUGAUGCGUUCCAUGGGGACUAUGAUCUCACAGUGAAGGAGAAUGGCAACGUAAUAAAGACCCAAAGUUUAACAGUCAGCGAAGGUUCAUCCUUCACACUUAUUGAAGUCGAUGUACCCUGAUUUCUGAUGUUCAAAAUAAAAAUUAUUAAAUGGAGGAUUUGUUUGAAAACUAUAUCUGUUGAUUGAUUUUGGCAAUUUGGAUUGGUUUAUCUUCAACAUUUGUCCAGAGUACGUUGUUUUUACGGUAAGGUUAGGUUGAAAACCACGCCCCAAUCAACCCUAUAGUGUCCAUGUCGUAAUUCCAUAAAGACCCCCAUCGCAGAUAUUAUUUCAGAGGUUUCGAAAAUGUGUGUGUAAAUGCAACAAACCAGUUGAUAGGCUACUCCAGCCUUUUUGUGUGGUUUCAGG